CUGUGUGCGCCUAACUGCGCACUGAUGUACGAUUCGCACAGACGAUUAAAGACAAUGCACGUACUAUCCACCGCGGUGUUUGUUUUUGUUUUCGUUUUUGUGCGGUGGGUUGAAGAGGAAGAAGGAAGUCGUGUUGUGUUGCUGCUUGAUGGGAGCGAGGUGCGUGCGUUGUGCGAGGUUGACUUGGUGAGGGGGAACAGGCGCAUGACCCACUCACACGCUCGUCAAGGCAAACAGCUGCUUGGAUCCCACCAUUGAAGAGGAGGCGUAGGUAUAGGUGUAGAGGCGAGGAUGAGCCAGCACACACGCGCUGCGACUGCGGAAACAGCCGCCAAUCGCAAAGCACAACAACAUCAACAGGGUGACAACAGCGACGAGGUCGCAGCCAUCACACGCCUGACAAAGACAAGCAGGGCGUCGCGUCACACCCGCAGCGUGUCCUGGACCAACACGUCCCUGCCACCCAUGAUGUUCGAGGAUGCACGAAGUGGCAGCGGCGGCACCGACACAACCUCCCCCAACAACAAGAAGAACGAGAAGAAGGGUCACAGCAAGGUCAAGGGCAAGGGUAAGGGACAAGGCUCAUCGCUCAAGGACGCUUCGGCACCACCACCACAGAUCCGCGUCACAACCCCAAUCCCAGAGGUUGUUGAUGACCACACGACGGACGACGAUGCAAAAGCUGUCAUAGCGGAGCUGCAGCAGCCUGCUGUGCAUCGCAGUCCAGAUGAUGUGCACAUCGCCGCUCGCGAGCGGUCCAAUUCUGACACAUGGCUUCUGGCGCGUGCGCGCCGACAAGCUUCAAAGGACCACAACAAAGCAUUGGCAUAUUGGAGGUUAGAAAAGGAGUACAGACUCGUCAAAGAUAAGCUGGUGGCGAAAGCUGAGGAAUGCGACUCUCUCGCGCAAUACAAGGAGCAGCUGACGCGGGAGAUGGACGACCUGACAGAAUCGCUGUUUGAGGAAGCACACAAGAUGGUUCGCACGGCAAAAGAGGAGGCAGUCAGGGCUGAGAAGCGACACAUUGAGGCCGCGUCAAAGGUCGAGAUGUUGACUGCUGAGGUGUCUGCGUUGAAGACGAUUGUGGAGCAUCAGCGCGACCAACUGCAAUCAGCACAGCCGAAGCAAGUCAGCAGACCAGGCAGUCGAACACGCACAGCGUCACAAAUGCAGCAGCAGCAACAGCAACAACAAGGAAAGGAGGAGGACAGGCAGCUGUCGUCAUCACCACCGAGGGGCCGAAGGCAGAGUGGACGCGGGUUUCGGCGGCAUUUCUUCCGGCGCCAAAACAGUACAUCCCAUCUCAAGACGGCAUCAAAGGCAAAUGCACCGUCACCAACGCCGUCAGCGCAGUCUGCCGUCACCCUCCCGCCGCCGCUGCUGCAGCCAACACAGGGCGACGCAGGUGGUGGUGGUACCAGCAGCGGUGGUGGUGAUGUGAAGAAGAGCAAGCAGCGGUCGCUCAGCACGCAAAGUGAGCAGGGCGACGAUUGCGGCGAUGGCGGUGACGGCACGCACGUGAGCACACGCACCAGCAGCACAGCCAGUCGCACUGAAUUAAGUCGCGCACACAGCACCGCGAGCCAGGACGACGCGGCUGCGACGAGAAGCAGUGGUGGGACUGGCCACAGUGGCGGUCGUGGCGGUGGUGGUGAUGAUGACGAUGAUGAUGGCGAGAUUGUUGACCCGCGGCUGCUGGAGGAGUUCACGGCCUGGUACCAGAGCCCAGACCUCAGCGCAUCGUUUAUUUCGUCGCUGGAGGAGGGCGAGAUGAAGCGGACGCUGGACGUCUGCUCCCCCUCCUCCCCAAUCCGCCGCCAGGACAUUAUUGACGCAAUCAAGGAGAACUCGCUUGUGAUUGAGCGUCUUGGAAAUAGCGUUGACGACGGGCGCGCGUGCUCCCUCACCGGCCACAAGCCACCAACACACCGCAUCCGGCUUGGACAGAAGACGGAUUGGUUGGACGUGUGCGAAACAGUUCGCGAUCGCAUUGCGUCCGUCUGUGAUUGUUACGUCUAUCUUCGAUACAUCAACUUGGGUCUGGUUAAAGUCAGCGCCAAGAAGGCCUUCCUCAAGCUGGCAACGCACAGGCAACAAAUGAUGAAUGCGCUUCUAGGAUUGCGCUUGUAUGAAAGCGUGUUGUAAUUGCGUGUGUUGGAGUUGACUCCCCAACCCCAACCCCCUCGCUUCCAGUUCGCCAAGUCACCGCAUCAAAGCAAACGAACCGUUUCUUGCACUUCUUCCUGACAGUAAACGAUCGGUUGCCACGCAACUACACGUGCACACUGUGACAUGAUGGUUUCGCUUCCUUGCGUGCGUGCCAUUGUACUGUACCGUGUCAAGUGUCCAAUGCACACAUAAAUACACAACGGUCUGCACACACAUAAAUACACAACGGUCUA